UAUGUUUACGCCUUGUUGACAACAUAUUUACCGGUCAUUAUCAAUACCCUUUAUCUCUGCUCAAUAAAAGUUAAACAAAAAAAUCACUUGAUUAGUAAAUCUAUCGGUGAGAUAAAACCAAAAUAUUCUUACCAUUCGAUCCAGUAACAAAGUAGGUUAACAACAGGGAAAAUGGUGCGAGUGGAACAUGCCAAAGGUUUUGAUGGCUUCGAAAAAUCCGUCGAAGAACUGAGCAAAUGUGGCAAAAAAUUAUUUGUCUAUUUCACCGGUGAGAAGGAUGAAAAUGGUGUCAGCUGGUGUCCCGAUUGCAAUGUGGCUGGACCCAAAGUUGAGGCUGCCGUCAAAGAAUUUGCCGAUGAUGAUUCUGUUUUCCUAACUGUCGACGUGGGCAAUAGACCUUUUUGGAAAGACAUGAAAAAUCCCUUCCGUGAAGAUGCCCGCCUCAAGUUGAUGGUUAUUCCCACACUGAUUCGCUGGCAAACGGUCAUACGUCUGGAGGGUGACCAAUGUGAAAAGCCCGAUCUAUUAGAAAUGUUCUUUACUGAAGACUAAAGCUAUUUGAGCUGUUUUAUAUGAUGUUUUUAAAUUAUGGCCUGGAUUUCUGUACAUAACCCGAUAAAAUUAAGUUUAUAAUGUUUUGUAAUAAAGCAGGAAUGAUGUGAAAAUUAUUGAAGAUAUAUCAAGCUGGAUCGGACGGAAAGCAUUACCGAGAUUCCAAAGGC